AUGCCUUCCGCUGCAUUCAGACCCGACAUCCUCAAGCUACUCGGCUGGGAGAACUGGGACCCGCUGAGGGAUGAGGCCAUGGCGAACCUCGCCAGAAAAAGGCGAAUCUGGGCUGAACAGGCUGAGGAGCGCGCGGCGAUUCUUGAGCGUGACAUCCCGCCUCCCCUUUUCGACAUGAGCAUUUAUGCUUCCCUCAGGCAUGGCAACAGGACCAAGUUCAACCUGGACGACCAAAAGGACUUUGGCCUCAGAAAGUCGCACGGCGACCAGGACGACGUGGACAAGGCACGCAGCUCGGACUCCGCCGAAGAUUCUGACUCCUCUGUGGAUGAUUCAGAUGAAGCCCAAGAGUCAGAGGGCAGCAGCGACGAAGGUGGCGAUGAGGAGGAUUCUGAGGAUGAUGACGACGGUGACGACGAUGAGGAUGGAGAAUCCUCCAGCGAAGAGGAUGAUGAGGGUGACAAGAAGACGCAGCUCCGGAAGUAG